AUGCUGUUGCUUUGUUACGGCGCUGUAGGAGACUCUACUGCGUUUACCUUGGCGUUUUUCAUAUUUAAGACCCAGCGGGAUUGCCGUGAGGACACAGCUCCGGUGUGCCAGGGGUUUUGCUGAUCAACAAACAUAUCUCAAUAGAUAGCACACUUCAUGAGCACUCAGUUAAGAGAUCAUUUUUUCCAGAAAAUAGCUGUUGUUUCUACUUUUAGAAAUUGCUAUAAAUGAGUAUGAAUACAUGCGACACAUAUAGAAAAUCCAAGGAAAGUUAAAUGUUAUGUAGGAAUAUGGCCGUAUUAAUUACUAGAUUUAAAUGGCGUUUAUAAAUUCCAUGGGUUUUCGAGAAUGGUAAUAAAUAGACAGAUGAUGUUUUCUACUUUUAUAAAUUGCUCAACACGAGUAUGAAUACCUGGUACAAAAAUUCAAGAAAAGUUAAAAUUAUGUAGGAAUAUGGCCGUAUCAAUUACUAGAUUUAAAUGGCGUUUAUAAAAACCAGGAUUUUUCGAGCAUCUGUUGUUUCUUCUUUUAGAAACUGCAAUACACGAUUAUGAAUGCCUGGGACACGUGUAUGAAAAAUCCGAGGAAAGUUAAAGGAAUAUGGAUGUAUUAAUAACGAGAUUCAAAUGUCGUAUAUAAAUACCAGGGUUGUAUCAGUUUCUAUAUACAAUGAGUGGGGUUUUUUUAUUCAGUCUGGUUUGACAAUGUAAAAAUACAUUAUAUUAUCGAUUAUUUUUGCCUCCCCUAACUUUUAAAAUAUAUUCUAGAUUCGCGCCUGUUUCAAUUAUCCAUUAUAAACAUUCAAUUGUUUUCUAAGAUACUACUUAUUGCUAUCAGCCUUGCUGAGAAAUUUCAACAAUAGAAGAUUGUCAGGAGUAGCGCUCUUGUAAUGAUGGAAAUGGAUCACAAAAAUGAGGACAGAGUAGAUGAGAAAAGAGAUUUGGAUGAAGACUACGUGUACGGUCGAUGGGGUCCAUACCAAACUCUCCAAGCUGCGUUUAUGCUUUUCCACCUCUGGUCACUAUCUUUCCAAAUGUUAAUGGGUGUUUUUAUCGCGUUCAGACCAAGAUUCGAGUGUGCACCAUCUGCCAAUGUUAAUCAUUCGCUGUACAAUGAGUCUAAUUAUGUCAUCCACGAAAAUUGCCAAAUCAAAUUAUACCACAACGACACCAAUGGAUUAGAGCUCAAGUCCGUCCAGGGCUGUACACAUGGAUAUAAAUAUGUGUUGGAUAAAGAGAGUACUAUUGUUACUGAGUUUGAUCUGAUAUGUGAUAAAUCCAGUCUGGCGGAACUCCUUCAGACCCUGGUUAUGGCUGGUCAGAUGGUGGGGGCAACUUGCGCCUCUUCUCUUAGUGAUAGAAUGGGCAGGAAAAUUGUACAUCUUUGGUCCAACCUUUUGACCUUCAUCUUUGGAUUUGGUGUCGGUUUUGCUCCAAAUUAUACGACACUGGCUUUGAUAAAAUUCAUGUUAGGCGUUUUUCAACAGGGAAUGAUGAUGUCCAGUUCAAUGUGGGAACGUGAUGUGUUUAAGCCUGAGGCGUGUUCAAAAGAGCGAGUGCUCGCCAAAAUUUGUUUUGCCAGGGUUCAAGACGAAUCAUUAAGAUGGCUGAGCGUCAACGGAAAAACAAAAGAAGUCGAUAGAAUAUUACACAAAGUAGCAAAGUGGAACAAAUUAAAUUAUGGAGAAUUGAAGAAAAAUGUCACAAGAAAAAUAAAAUUUUCCAGUACAGAAAAACCUGAUCUGGAGGAAUCUCUUUUGGAAAAUGUUAACAAAUCCAUCACUGUAGAGAAAUACUCCAUACUGACUAUCCUACGGACCAAAUCUGUUUUGCGUAUAACGAUUCUUAUGUGUUUUACAUGGAUAGCUAAUUCGCUGACCUACUUUGGCCUGACACUGACCGCCACAUCUCUAGCAGGGAAUCGUUUUCUUAAUUUUUUCUUCAUGGCUUGUGUGGAAUACAUAUCUUUAGCAUUAGAAUUCUUCAUGCUUAAAAGGUUUGGAAGGCGAACCGCUACAAUAUUUUUCCAUACCUUCACAGGGUCAUCAUUGGCACUUGCGACUCUGUUGAAUUACUUUUCAGGAAGAAAUGAGACUCUUAAAAUGCUCUCAAAAAUAGCAACGUUUGCAGGGAAAAUGUCGGUUACCGGAUCGUUUAGUGUAUUGCUUUUAUUUACACAAGAACUUUAUCCCACAAAUCUAAGAAAUGUCGGAAUUGGGGUGUGCUCAACAUUCUCCAGAAUUGGUGCCAUAAUAUCUCCAUUUGCUGGACUACUGGCUUUAUAUAUCCCUUGGGCUCCUGGGACUAUAUUCGCCAGUGUGUGUUUUAUCGUCUCGAUCCUAACAUUGUAUCUACCGGAGACUCGUGGAAUGGAUCUUCUACAAACAUUAGAUAAAGCCUGGUAUGCUGAACACAGCGGAUUUCGAAUAAAGAAAGGUCGAAAGAAAAAUAAACUAGAAUCUGAAAUAGCAAUGGUGUACACAAAGGAGUCAAGGAGUUAAAAUAUAACGAUUGCACGAGUGAUUUUUUUGUAUUACUCAAUAAAUAGUCAGAUAAAUGAUUUUUUUUAAAACUAAGUGUUUGUUUGGAGAAUAUAAGCUCGAUAUCCAUGCAAGUUGAUGUUUAUGAAAACGUUACAUUUGUUUCUUUAAAUAACUAAUGGAAAACAUAAACAAAUAAUAAAAUAAUAUACGGAAUUCUAAAAUAUACUAAAUUGAUGAAAAACGGGAUGAACACCGUUUGUUGAUUGAAAACAUGAUAUUUGCAUUGUUGUAAUAUAAAUUACAAAA